AUGAAAUUGUUGGCUGAGCCGGACGACGUUUUGUGUUUGGUUUUGGACUUUGACGUCGAAGUGGACUUAGUGGAGGGGGUACUGAUUGACGUGAAAUUUAAAACGACUUUUUGCCGGAACUCGCUUCGCUUGAUGGCGUUUUGCUUGAACUCGCUUCGCUUGACUGUUUCUUACUUGAACUCGCUUCACUUGAAGUCGAUUCACUUGAAGUCGAUCCACUAG